AUUCAGGGGACACCUUAGACUUAUAUUACAUCUUGUAAAAAAAUGUUCGAUGGCACCUUUAAGUUAAAUAUUUAUUAAAAUUAACUGGUUCAAAUAAUGGGCAGCACACAAAUUCCAGCUGGCAAAUAUUACACUAAAAAAGAAAGUUAAGUAUUAAAUCAGUGCUUUUGUAGACUGGUGUCAAACUCCUGAAGGAUAAAAAAAACACAAAAGCCUGCAGAAGACGCAGGAUGCACCUUAAAUAUUAGUCAUGCUUUAUAUAACUCUCACUGAUAUUAUCCUCCAGCAUAAACAGUAUGUAAUCAGAUAAUCCUCACUGCCGUGGCCCUUGUUUCUGAGAAGUGUAGACAGGAGUGAGGUGUAAUCCAUGAUCACACAUAUGCAGAUUAAAUCUAUGAAGUGCUGAAUAGAGCGGAAACCCUCACAGCACCUACAGUUCUGUUCUCUCUCCAUCUUUCGGUCCGAUCGGACUCAGACUGCCGGGCACAGAUACACAAUGAUUAAGACAGCGUGUGCACGUGUGUGAGCGGGUUACACAACUCCUUAAGUACCUCUGAGUAACUGAUGUUACCAUCUUAACAAUAGAGCUAAUGGUCAUUGCUUUACUUUGCAUGGAACUUAAAAGUUACUUUUUGUCACAAAUGAAUCCAUUGGAAAUUCCUUUAUAAUAGUCAAUAGAUGCAAUGCUACAAUAUUAUUUGCAUAUGCAUUAGUUAUAAUUAUGCAUAUAAAUAUAUAUAGUUUCAGUGCAUUCAGUGCACACAUGUUGUGCAGGCAGCUCAGGAUGAGCAAGAGGUCACAAUAUGCAAGGUGUGUGUUCAUCGAGCUAAUCAGAUGGCUAAAUACCAGCUUGCAUAUUUAUAUCGGAUUACAUACACACACAUUUACAGUGUCUAAAACAGCGCAAAGGAGAGCGGUCUCAUCUGGAGUGCUCAGACUGCAAACCAAAGCCUGGAUUUUGAUAUUUUGGCUCUACUUUUAUUGCACUUCGGAUCCAAUUCGGAGACAUUUGACAUUAAAACAGGAAUAUAUUGUCUACAUUUGAAAACUCACAUUAUCUGAAAGAUGUUUCCCUGGUCAGUAGUGUUUUCUCUGGAGCCAAAGGUUCCUGGACAGCGCACUUCUGAAGAACUGGUGACCAACACUUUGAUGCUGGAGCUGGGGGCCAUGGUAAAACGGACCGAGCGGAUCCGGCUGGAGAAGGCAGCAGAGACCCGCAGACGCCGCAACUCUUCCUCGGCAGACUACAGCUGGCUGGCCGGCCCUCAGCCUCGCGCCCCCUACGAGCUCACGCCAGGAGACGUUCUGGACCUGCAGGAGCUUUGUGCUCAGGUCCCACCUCAACAGUGUGGGCCGGUCAUUGUCAGGUUCCGGAAACUAGUGUCAGAGUUUGAGCCGGAGGUGCACGAGGUCCCCAAACUGUUUCGGGGUGUCCUACAAAACUGCCUGGAUGAGCUUCAGGGAGAUGCAGAAGUCCAGAAUCGGAUGAACCGUUGGGAAAAACAGCGCAGCAAGAGCCUUUCCUUCGUCACUUUCCGAUCCAAGUUCCGCACCCUCAACCGCGGCAAGGGAAGUUUCGGUGGUUCCCGCAACAACCUGCAAGAGGAAAACACAUGGUCUGAUGAAGAGGAGGAAGCAGCCGAACAGGUGACGACCGCCCUGCGCGCCAGGAAGGGUCGGAGUCACAGCAUGCCGGAGAUCACCCCUCUUGAGCAGCCGACCCAUAGCUGAACAAGAGGAAGAUAAGAUGAACAGAAAGACAGAGGAAAGAAGGGAUUGAGGUUUGAAAAGAAAUGCAGCCUGCAAGCUAAGUUGGCAAUAAAGGUGGAAGAAAGAGAAGGCAACAGAGAACAAGAGAAAGGAAGAGAGGAAAAUCUGAUUCUUGAAAGACUAAAGUUUGUAAGACAAACACUGUUAAUUUGUUAACAACACCAAAGAACACAUGUAUAGGCAUAUGUAAGAAGCCUAUAGCCUAGUCUCUCUUUUUUUUUUUUUUUACUUAAAUAUUUUUAAUAUUUGGAUGUGAAUAUAAUUGUGAAUAUUUGGCAUAAAUGUAUAUGUUUUCAGAAUUUAAUUUUUUUGUGAGGAUGAAGUUCACAAAACCUGUCAAGAGCAUGUUCAAAUCAUAUUCUAUAUGAAACAUUGCACAUUACUAUAAUAUUAAAGGAUACCAUUAACAAAAGAGCCCAAAUGAUUACAUUUAGUUGCUAUUUAUUUUUAGAUAACAAUCAACUCUCAAAUAAAAGCAUGUACAUUGUACAAUCUAAUCAUUUAUAAAAUUGCUUUUCAAUUUUUCUACUGCAAUUCAUUUUUGAAAUAUAAUUUACAGUUACUGUCAUAACUUAUUUUCAUGACAAAUUUAUUAAAACAUAUUCAAUAAUUAAGACAUUACUAACAGGUAAAUAUAAUGAAUAUAUAAGCUAAU